GAACUCAUAGCCACAUCCUGUCAGUUAUACGCUGCAGGUUGCAGCCUUUCGUGCACAUUAAUGUCUGAAAAUAUGUCCCAUAAAACAGAAGCUGGCACCAGAAUCUAAAUGACUUUCAUAAGGAAACAAAAGAGCGAACAGGAAGUAAAGAGACAGCCCCUCCCUGCUGCUGGUGUAUUAAAGAACUCUUUGUCUUUUCCAUGUAGAAACAGAGCUUGAACCAGAGUCUGGUUCUGAACAGCCUGUUAGAAAAGUGAUGGAUUCAAAGCUCAGUGAAGUAUCGUGUUAGCGUGAUAUCAUGUUGUCGACGCUGCUCGUGUUCGGAUGUGUCUUUGCUGUACCAGCAUUAUGUUGCCGAGCAAAGGAGUACAUCACAGGAGACGGACAGUGUUGCCCAAUGUGUCUCGAAGGUACAGUUGUUCGAAGAGACUGUACAGAACAGUCAGGCACACAAUGCAUUCCCUGUGCAGAUGGGACUUUCAUGAACCAUCCCAAUGGCCUGAAUAAGUGUUUCCCCUGCACCUCCUGUGUCCCAGCUCUUGGUCUUUUUUCCAAGCAGAAGUGUACAGCAACAAGCGACACAGUUUGUGAUGUUUUAAGUGGCUAUUUCUGCAAAAGUUUGGCCGAUGAUACAGGAUGUAUCAUGGCAGAGAAACAUACGAAGUGUGCACCUGGUCAGAGGACAGAACAACCUGGUAAAGAAAAUUCAAAUCUCACUUCUCCAGCAGUGGAGCCACUGUUGGGCUGGAUGUUGUUGAGUUUUGUAUCUUUCUCUAAGGAACCAGCAGAGCUGAUACAGUGUGUGAGGACUGUCAGCCAGGCUAUUUCUCACAGGAUGGUGUCAACUGCACAGCUUGGACAAUUAGGAAAUUGGGGCAGCAGUGGUGCAGCAGGUAAAGAGUGUGGCUUUGGACUUUGGACCGGCCUGAGAUCGGAGGGUCGCCGGUUUGUUCCCUCGACCAAGCACGAUGGGAUAUGGGAGGUGAAGGAGGCCCCUCCCUCUGCGACCACGACUGUGGUGCCCUUGAGCAAGGCACCGAUCCACCCCAGGUCCCUGGGCGCCGUAGUAGGCAGCCCUCUUCCCCAGCAUCUCUAUUGGUUUAUGUACUUUGUGUGUGUGUUUUGUUGAAUUGGUGUGGGUAAAAUGCAGAGAGUAAUUUGCCCUGGUUAAGAACAUGAGGGACAAUAAAAAAAAAUAGAAAUAUCGUUCUUGUAAUAAUGUUACGUUCCUAUAAUAAUAAUGUACUCAUAUAAAAACACAACUUACUGUUGAAAUCCUUUUGUAUAUAAAGUUUUUUUUCAACUUUAUCUCAAAACACAAUAAAACAUUUUCCUCAAAAUAUUACA